AUGCAGGAACCCUAUAUGCAAGAGGACAAGUUGGUCAAUGAUGAUCAACUUGCGAAUCGACGAGCGCGUGGAAGACGGGCUCAGCGGGAGUUCCGCCAGAGACAGAUUGACACCAUCAACGAGCUCCAGGCCAGCAAAGAGUCCAUGCAGGCCGCCAUAGCCUCAAUAGCGCGCGCUGGGGCUCAGCAAGACAGCGCCGGAAUGACUGCAGCAGUGCGCGACGCGUGUCGGCUCGCUGGGGUCGAAAUACCCCAAGAAACAGGCUUGACACGUGUAGACCCCCCGAGUUGCUCUGUCCGUGAAGAGCCCCCGGCGCAGGAAUCAUCAGAGGUGGCUGGCGCCAGAACGGUUUCAUGGGAACAGGAGCCAGGCACCACAAAUAUUCAAAGACAGUCUCCUCCCAUGUUGCGCAGAGCUCCCUAUACAGGUGGGCUGGGCUUUGAGAAGUUCCAUCAUGAAUCGGGAAGAAUGUCGCCAACACUCGGCUACGGCCUCUGGUUCGGCCCCGAGACUUCCAUCCCAAUCGAGUAUCCGCCCAUGGACAUUGUUCCAUAUCUCCAAGACGGCUCUUCGCUCGCCAUUACUGUGUUUUGGACCAGCCUGUCUUGGGGCUUCCAGAUACUCGGCGCCGCGCUCGGAGGGAACAUUGAGGCGGUGGCUACAGCCCAAAACAUAUUCAGUGCUAUUAUAUCCACCAGUCCUGGCCGAGAUGUCUUGAACGGCAUCCACGCCCGCCUGAUAUAUCGUAAGACGGGAACGAUUGAUCGAGACCAUCCCGGCAACAGGCCAGAGCAGUCCCCAGGGAUAUUGGCAGCCAUGACCAGGCUAUGCGAAGAUAACGGAACCCCAUUGGAGACUUUCCUAACGCCCAUUGCGAUGGAGGAUCUGCUGAGAAACAGGCUAGGUCCUGCUUACGAUGUGAUUGAUCGGACUGUGCGCGGGUGCGGCUCGCCAGAGGAAAUAGCCCGCCUUCGUGGGCUGGUUCGGAUGAUGACUAUAAGUAGUAUAUGUCUCGGGGACGGGCCACGGUGGUCAACUGAGAAGGCGGAGGACGUGGUUACGUAUUGGGCUCAUAGCGCCGGUUUACAUAUAUGUUGA